AGAACACACGGGUACACCGCUGAGACCAGAACUAGAACACACGGGUACACCGCUGAGACCAGAAGUCAAAGGGUUUUAAAAGUGAGACUGACUACGAUGUAAAGUAGGAGCAGCAGAAGCUGUGUAUGUAAUGAAUGUUGGAUGACAGCAUUGCUGUGACGUUCCUCCUGCAGGGUCUGAUCUUUGUGGUGGACAGCAACGACAGAGAGAGAGUAGCAGAGUCUGCUGAGGAGCUCUCGAAGAUGAUCCAGGAGGACGAGCUGAAGGAGGCGGUUCUUCUGGUUUUUGCUAACAAACAGGAUCUUCCAAACGCGAUGGUCGUCAGUGAACUCACCGACAAACUGGGUCUGCACAGCCUUCGCAACAGAACUUGGUACGUCCAGGCCACCUGUGCCACUCAGGGUACCGGUCUGUACGAGGGUCUGGACUGGCUGUCCAAUGAGCUGUCGAAGCACUAGACCACCUGACAGGAAACAGGAAGCAGCAGACUGAUGUCAUCGUCGAGUGAUGUCAUCGACGGGUGGCUGUGUACAAAGUGAUGAAGAGGAGGGGGGGGGGGCGUUUACCCGAACUGUUUUUUGUUUUUUUAAAUUAUUAAUGUGUCGACUGUAAGAGGAAGUGAUGUCACAGACUCUGAGCUCAUCCUCUUCUUCUGUUCUUCCUGUUAGAGUUGUUCGUUUUCUUUUAUUCCGCAUGUUUCAGAAUCAUGUGACAGGAAAUGAUGAAUGGGAGGGGUGUGGCUUUUCACAGGUACAGUGUGCCUGUGGGCGGGGCUAAUUACAGGUGACAGUUUCCAGGGGGCGGGCUUAUCUACAGGUGACAGUUUCCAGGGGCGGGCUUAUCUACAGGUGACAAUUACCUGGGGGCGGAGUUAUCGAGAGGUGAUAGGCAUGGUUACCUGCAGGUGACAUUUAACCCCCUGCCCACAUAACUACAGGUAGCAGGGGGCGUGGUUACCUACAGGUGACAGUUGGGGGCGUGGUUACCUACAGGCGACAGUUAGCUGGUCGUGUGACUCAUUCCACUGAGCCUGAAGGCCUCGUCAUUCCUCCACAAUGUGAAGAAGCAAGACGAUGAUGCAAUAAAGGUUUUUUUUUUCUUCUCAGCAGUUUGACAGAUUUUUGCUUUUAUAAAAACUUGAAGGUGGAAAGAGUCAAAUAUUUAAGUAUUUGACUCGUUUGUGUUAAAACUUUUUUUUAUGUCCCAACAUGAUAAAUUUGUAUUUGAACAAAUCAAA